AUUUCAUAAUUAUUAUACAAAUCAAAUGAAUGAUGGAGAUAAUAGCAAAACUUUAUCAAAAAAAUUAAAUCCAGGAACAGUUAUUGCAGGCAAAUAUAAAUUGUUGGAGAAAAUUGGUGCAGGAUCUUUUGGAAUGGUCUUUAAAACUUAAAAUCUAAAAAAUGGAGAAUUAAUUGCCACUAAAUUUGAGAAAAGAGAUGAAAGUUAAAAAGGUGUUAGUUUACUCAUUAGAGAAAUAAAAGUGUUAUAAGAUGUCAAAGGUUUGAAAGGUAUUAUUUUAUUAAUUUUAAAAGGUUUUCCAUAAUUAAAAUUCUAUGGUCGAGACGAUCAUUACAACUUUUUUAUGGAAUCUUAUUUAGGAAUGAAUUUAGAAUAAUUAAUGAGAAAAUGUAAUGGAAAAUUUAGCUAAAAUAGUGUAUUGAAGAUUGGAGUAUAAUUGUUAGAAAGAGUUUAGGGUAUUAAAAAAAUAAAAGAUAGCAUUUCAUGAAAAAAACUUAAUUCAUAGAGACAUUAAACCAGAAAAUUUUACAAUAGGUCUUCAAGAUUGUAGCCAAAUUUAUGUUAUUGAUUUUGGAUUAUCAAAAUAUUACAGAGAUAGUAAUGGAAAGCAUAUACCUUUUAUAAGUAACAAAGGAUUAAUAGGAACUGCCAGAUAUGCUAGUGUGAAUGCAUUAAUAGGUUUUAUAUAUAAUAGAUUUAGCUAAUAGGAAAUGAAUAAUCCAGAAGAGAUGAUAUUGAAUCAUUAGCAUAUAUACUCAUAUAUUUUUUUAUGGGUGAAUUGCCAUGGUAAAAUAUUUAAGUUGUUAGCAAAGAAGAUAAAUAUAAGAAAAUACUUUAAAUGAAAUAAAAUAAUUCUUUGGAUAAAUUAAAUGACUUAUUACCCAAGGUAUAUUACAUAUAAUUUAUUAAGUCUUUAGUAAAAAUGUUAAAAAUUUCAAAAUCAUAUGAAUUCUAAUAAACUCCAGAUUAUUAUGGUUUGAAAAAACUCUUAUAAGAUGAUAUAAUUGCGGAUACAAAAUUUGAUUGGGAAAAGAUUCCUGGUAUUUUUUCAGAUAAAGACAAUCUGAGUGUCUCCAUUGAUGUUUAAUCAAACACAAAUUAAUUUGAUGAUUUAAUUGAUAUUUAACCUGGUUUAUAGAAUUCUAUGUGUAAAGUAACACAAUAAGAAACUAAAUUUAUAAAUGGUAGAUUAGAUAAUAGUCGCAAAAAUAUAAUAUAUUUAGAAGUUCCCAAAAGAAAUUCUACAAUUCUUGAGGGAGCUUCUAGUCCAGUAGGAACAAUAGCUUCUUAUAAUACUUCUAAAAUGAAUCAUUAUGAAGGAUCAAAUAGAAAUCUUGCCUCUUAUAAAUAAUUUAUUGAUGUUCAAGUACAAUCUUUAGAAAAUGAUUAUGAUGAUGAUUGUAUACCAAAUUCAGAUGACUCACCUUGUUUAUAUGUUAGAAAUUUUAUAAUAGGAUCUAAAUACAAGGAUCAUCAUUGAUUUUUGUUUAUUGAUUGCC